AAGGACCUAUUGGCUACAUAGUAGACCGAGAAGUCAAGUACAGAUACACGGAGGAGUCAAUUUAUCUCGGUUGCUAGUAAGAUGACCAACAAACAAUGGUAGAUAGGAUAGCCCAGUCUUGUGAUACUAAUGAAGUUAAUGAGUUCUCUCCUAUAUAAACAUGAACAUCGGGGCACUGUCCACACUCUCGCAUUUCAGAAACACUGUUCUACUCCAUUCUGAGUAACUCAAUCGGAAUAGAGAGACAGAGAACAGUGUAGAAUCUUCACCAUUACUACUACCCAUUAACCCAAUCGUGUCUUUACUCUUGCGAGUGGAACUUUGAGUUCAUAUUCUCUCACAUUGAUCCAUCUCCAUCCAGCUGAGAAGUGAAAACCAUUCAAGAGGAAGAGGGGGAAUGGGGGGAAGGUUUUCUCUCUUGGUCAUCCUUCUCGCCAUGGGGACUCUCAUGGCUUUCUGUCCUACACUUGAAGCAGACGGGUCCAGUUUGUUUUUAGAUAACUUCGAUAUAAUGUGGUCUGAAGAUCAUUUCAAGACCUCAGUAGACGGGAAAGUCUGGUACCUCUCCCUCGACAAAGACACAGGUUGUGGUUUCCAAACAAAGCAGAGAUACAGAUUUGGGUGGUUCAGUAUGAAGCUCAAGCUGGUUGCAGGCGACUCUGCCGGUGUUGUGACUGCCUACUAUAUGUGCUCAGAUACAGGAGCAGGGCCAAAGAGGGACGAGCUAGAUUUCGAGUUCUUGGGGAAUAGAACAGGGGAACCUUACCUGAUACAGACAAACGUGUACAAGGAUGGGGUUGGCGGUCGUGAGAUGAGGCACAUCCUCUGGUUCGAUCCAACAGAGGACUUCCAUUCCUAUUCCAUUCUCUGGAAUACCCACCAGAUCGUGUUCUUCGUGGAUAGAGUAGCGAUGAGGGUUUACAAGAACUCAAAUUCGGACAAGCCAAACGAGUUCUUCCCUAACGAGAAGCCCAUGUACAUCUUCUCAAGCAUCUGGAACGCCGAUGAGUGGGCGACCAGAGGUGGUUUGGAGAAGACGGACUGGAAGAAGGCACCUUUCGUGUCUACUUAUAAGGAUUUCAGCGUCGACGCUUGUCAAUGGGAAGAUCCAUAUCCUGCCUGUGUCUCCACCACCACACAGAAAUGGUGGGAUCAAUACGACGCCUGGCAUCUCUCUGACUCUCAGAAAGAGGAUUACGCUUGGGUUCUCAGGAAUCUUGUUAUCUACGAUUACUGUAAGGAUGCUGAGAGGUACACUACUUUGCCAUCGGAGUGUGGCUUGAGUCCAUGGGACUGAAUCUGAAUUCCUUCAUCUUUCAAUCCUGCCACAGGUUACAGAGCUACCACCAUUGAUGAUCAUUUGUAAGCAAAACAAUAAUCACGCACUAGAUAUAAGACUUUGGCAAACUAUUAUAUUAAUGAAAAUAUAAAUACAAGUAAAAGAUGAUUUACUUGUUCAAGCAAUCCUUUUGAAUAGUAGCAGAAAUUGUCUGUAGAGUUGAGUUGUAUAGUAUGUAUACUCUUCUUAGGGUAUUUGAAUGCCCCGUACAAUUGUAUGCAACCGGGUUGAUCCUAUGUUCUCACCUUCAAGAUAAAACAACUCUCUAAUUACUUAA